AUGGCAGACGAUCAGAAGGGCAAGGGCAAGGCUCCUGCACAAGAGGGCAACACAGCGCGGUCGAAUGAGACUCGCGCCAGCUCAGGCCCGGGAGACGGUGUGUCGAGUGCGGCGCUUUCGCUCGCAUCGGCGCUGCGCAGUAGCAUGGCAUCGUCGCAGCUCGGAUCGCUCAUGCAGUCGGCUUCCGGAGGCAAAGCCGAGUUCGCACAAGGCGGAUCCGGCAACGCGGAUCUGCGCGAGUGGCUUGUAAGUGAUCUUCGCGCCGGUGCGAACACAAGCUCAGCAGGAUCAAUCACAAGCGCACCAGCAAAGCCAAGUUUUAGGUCAACAUCGCAGGGCGCGCGCGCGGACGGAGCGGAGACGGAACACAUGUUUGAGGAGUUUGAGCGUGGAUUUACGCUCGAUCAAAGCGCACUGCGCGCAGGGCUAACGGGCGAAGAUGCGGCACUUCAACAGGCUUGGGCGCAAAAUACCAAUGCGGGAGCAUCGCAGGCGGGCGGAUGGCGCGGCACAGGGAUGGAUCCAAGCACGGCAGGGUCGAUACGAUCGUACACGGAGCUGGAUGCCCCUAUGCAUGCAUCGGUACGUCAGGCGUACGCAGAGAGCUCCAGCUCGGCUGGACAGGCUCAGAGUGCUUCCCGGCUUGGCUCGUUCCCAGCCACGGCGGCUCCACUUGCGCAGAGUGACGAUAUCUUUGCACUUCUCGACAGCGAGGAGCAAGCUCCCACCCAACCGAUUCGCAACAGUGCUGUCGCUGCGCAAGACCCAACGAGUGCGCUUUCUGCCGAAGUGCUGGCGCGCUUCGAUGCGUCGUACCGCGCGCCGUCGCUGUCCAACAGCGGGUUCAGCCGGGAGCAAGCGGCGAUGCAUCUGUCUCUGGCCGAGGCGCAAGCAUCGGAGCAAGGGCGUCAAGAGCUCGCAGUUCCACGUCCCGACAACCCGUCCGCGCAAGAGGGCGUCUAUGCGCCAACGGCAGAAGCUGCACUUGCAAGCAUCCUCAACGGUCGACCCGAAUCGUCCGAUGUGACGGAAACGCAGACACACGACCAGGAGCGCGGCAUCGCGGUGGUUCGCAAGAUCACCCGAUACUUUGGCGCAUCCACGUACCUCGACGAUGUGUAUGGCCAAUCACCUCUGCUGAGAGAGACGAUCGAACAGGCAACACAGCCAGCAGACGAUGCCAAGAGCGAGCAGAACCGGCAGAAGGCAAUUCGCCGCCUCGAAAGCCUAUGGAGCCACCUCACCAACACGCCUCCUCAGCCUGAAUCCUCUCGCGGCUCAGACUGGGUGGACUCUUGGCUUCGCACACACACGUAA